AUGGACAAGCACAAGAUCAAUGACAGGGCUUUAUUGAAGCGGCUCAAUGAGGAGAUCAUGAAGAAGAGGGACACCAAAGAGAGCGUGCUCCUGAAGCUGGACGAGCUGUCACGGUCCCAGCACAACGGAAAGAGGGACUCAGGGACUCAGCAACGGCCGGCUUCCUUAAAUGGCCCGAUUGGCAUGAUCCCAAUGUUUCGACGGCGGUCGCGGUGGAGCUUACGGUAA